AUGGACAUAGCUUACCUGAACAAGACCUGGUUCCUGCGUGGAAUGCACAAUGGAAAGCACAUCUAUCGCUUUGAACAUCCCACAUUUGGCAUCUCGAAGGUCCUUCUACCGAACACCGACCUCACAAGCACGAACAGCCGAGAUGGAAUCCUAUUUCUUCCCACGGCUGAUCAAUUGUUCAUGGAUGGAGGCGAUGCCAUGGUCGAUGAUGAACAAGGACGCGAAGAAGGAGAGCCUUCAUCAAGGAAAACAAGCGAGCUUGGGGAGUUCGACUUCAUCCCCUACAACGCAAGUGGAAGCGUUUCGGCGAUCAUCAAGGCGCACGAGCACAUAGGCAUGCUUCAAAAGUGGUGCAAGAAACAAGAUGAGGUGAUCAAAAGCUCACCGAGACAGUCAAUGUCCUCAAGGAGCAAAACUCUCUUGCAAGUCACCAAGCAACCAAAGGCCGCAUCACCAACAAAACCGUGGAGCCGGCGUUAA